GUAAUUUGUGUUUUUCAAUUAUAGAUUUGUGUUGUGGUACCUACUGAUUGAAUAUGCCGAGAGCAGGAGGGCAAAGAUCUGAGAUAAAUCAGUCCUCUGCCACUCGUAGUGCCGGUCGACAGACAAAUGCCAGGACGAGUUCCCCGGAUCAACAUCGGUCCGCAGACAAAAGAGCAUCGAAAAACGCUGAUAUUGACGAUCUGCUCCCGAACCUGACGUUCAUAAAUGAAUAUCCCAACGAACUUGUUAAUCGCUCCAACUCGUCGACUAUAAGCGAAAUUGAGGAUUACUUCGACAGACGAGCCCGUGAAAAUGUGGAAAAGCUCGCGGAACUUUCUGCUCCUAAAACACCAUGUCAACUGCGGAAAUCGAAGGCGAUGAAAACUCCUGUCACAGGCAGUGUUCGCCGGCGAUCAAGUCUUAAGGGUUCUAUUCUUGCCAGGAGAUCCGCCAGGCUCUUGGACCGCUCGAUGCGUCUUGCACGGAUGGCCAGUGCGUCAAAAGUGGGCGAUGUUCGUCAGCAGUUUUCAUCCGCCAAAGCAUCGUCAAAAAAGCCUCGUCCUCUGCGCCGUUCAUCGUCUCUUAAUUGCAUUGAAUUGAAUGAGCCAGUUAGACAUUCGGGAUCGAACAAGUUCGUUGUCGUUCAAAUUCUGUCCGAAACCUCCAGUUCUGUAAGAUCAGAUGCAGACUCAACAAGUUCUUCACACAUGCCUGUAGUUGGACCUCCGGCAACUCCGGAAAACGGCCCAGAUGCAUCAGUCAUUCCGUUCAACACUGUCAAUAGAGCUUUGAUGCAGCCUGCUCACGUUGGAUUGACAAAACCUGAGCCUUUCACUAUGCGAAUUGAGGAGCGAUUACAGAUGAGGAAAAGGAAAAGAGAAGCAGCAAAGAAUGAAAAUGAAAAACCGACAAAGCGUCGACAAAUCAAAGUUCCAUCAAUGUGUGAUGGCCAUUUGGUGAACAUGUCCUUUUUGGAGAGGCAAGAGCUUCCAAAGAAGAAACGUCGAGAGAUAUUGUUGAAGGCGUUGGAAGGAGAGAAAAAAGCGCGAGAAUUUCACGCAAGGCCUGCACCACACGCUUCACAUCGGGAACCCAUGCUGUUUGCCCGAACGCCUCGUCCAAAUGGGCAUAAUCAAACUGUUCCGUUGGACACUUACAAAUUCAAGGCAAAUCCGGUGCCUGAGGCGGUUUUCCGGCUGCCAAAACUUCCCCAGAAGCACGUCAUUGCCCCAACGGUUCUCCGUCCUUUCAACAUGCCCGGGGAUGACAGGGUAAAGAAACGAAAAUCGUAUGACCGACGACAGAAGCUGCGGCAGGAGAAAGAAGAAGAAGAACGACGUCAACGAGAGGAGCUGAGACUCAAAGAGGAAGAAGAAGAAUGGAAACGUGAUCGGAAACUGCGAGAAUUCAAAGCCCAACCAAUUCCCGAAUCCGUCCGACGCGUUCUUCCAGUUAUUGUCGCUGCUCCAGUUUCUGAUGAGGAGGAUUGAGCACGUUAGCAUAUUCAAAAAAAUCCAGCGUCAAUAAUUUCUCAAUGAGUGAAUCUUGAAAAAAGUGAAGCGCAUUUUUUUCUAUGAUUUUUUCUAUGUGGACUUUGAUUGUUGGAAACUCUUUUUUAUUUUUAUUUUAAAUCACAUCUGUUGAGUAAAUAUCUUGAAUGAAGACGAGUCACAUUGCAUUCGAAUAACAUGACUUUUUCAGAGUUUUUUCCAAAGAAAGGAAACUUGAAGACAGCUGGCCCACUUUCUAAAAAACCAGUGAUACCUUUACUCUCACCUGUAUUGUUUAUUUUCUUUUAUAUUUUUUACUCGUGAUUUUUUGAGCACUUCUGAGUGAAUGUUUGAACGAGUGACAAGCGUGCUUCAUCAGCGCUGGAGUUGUAUUCAGGAUUAUCUUUUAUCAAUAUUUUACUGCAAUGUGAAUGCUUCUGAUAUCGGUUGUGGAUUGCAUUUUCUGUACUAAAAGGGGCAUCUUUAGCCUUUGAUAAA